AUGGACAUCCGCAGCUUCUUCAAGCCCAAGCCGGGCCAGGAGAAGAAGAAGGCGUCUUCAUCCCCGAAGCCGCCGACGCCGAAGAAGGCCGCGUCGCCGAAGAAGGCCGCGUCGCCGGCGAAGAAGUCGCCGGCCAAGCGCAAGGCGCCGUCGCCGGCCCCGGCGCCGCCGGCCAAGGCGCCGACCCCCAAAAAGAAGGAGUUCGCCGCCGCGGAGGAGAAGAAGGUCGCCGUGCUCCGGGGCUUUCCCGCGCUCGAGGCCCUGGCGGCGGAGUCGGCGGCCGCGGUCGCCGCGGCCGGCGGCGCGAAGCCCAAGCCGCCCAAGGCCGCGCCGGCGGCGCCGCGGGCCGCGGCCGUGUCGGGCCUCUGGGCGGACCGCCACAAGCCCAAGAGCCAGAAGGACAUCCUCGGCAACGGCGACGUCUGCAAGAAGCUCGGUUUGUGGCUCGACGACUGGGAGAAGGUGCACCUCGGCGACGAGAAGAAGCGCAAGAAGCCCGCCUUCGCCAAGGAGAACCCGGGCGCCAAGGCCGCGCUGCUGAGCGGGCCGCCGGGCAUCGGCAAGAGCUCCAUGGCCGCGCUGCUCUGCGCCGCGCGCGGCUUCGACGUCGUCGAGCUCAACGCGUCGGACACGCGGUCCGCGCGGACCGUCGAGGAGACGCUCGGCGACGCCUUGGGCUGCCAGGUCGUGUCGUCGUCCUUCGCGAAGAAGGGCGCCGCGCCGCCGUCGAAGAAGCGCCUCCGCCGCGUCGUCAUCAUGGACGAGAUCGACGGCCUCAGCGGCAGCGACCGCGGCGGGUCCCAGGCCCUCGUCAAGCUCAUCAAGUCGUCGUCGACGCCCAUCAUCUGCAUCUGUAACGACCGCCAGUCCGCCAAGGUCAAGACCCUCGCGAACCACUGCUUCGACCUCCGCUUCAAGCGGCCCAUGAAGGUCACGAUCGCGAAGCGCGUCAUGGCCAUCGCGAUGAAGGAGGGGCUGACCAUCGAGCAGAACGCCGCGGAGCUGCUCGUCGAGUCCUGCGGCAACGACAUCCGCCAGUGCCUCAACGCGCUGCAGAUGUGGGCGACGUCCGAGGGCGAGGCGGAGACGUGCUCCUACACCGCGAUGAAGGACCGGCUCUCGACGAUCUCCAAGGACGCGAUCCAGCGCGUGACGCCCUUCGACGGCGCCAAGAUCAUCCUCAGCGACGUGCGGCGCAAGUCCCACUUCGACCGCUGCGACGCGUUCUUCACGGACUACUCGCUCGUGCCGCUGCUCGUGCAGCACAACUACGUGACGGCCGCGUCCGCGGCGCGCGACGCCCAGGGCAAGCCCUGCUCCGUCGACGAGAAGCUGAACCGCCUCGAGGCCGCGGCGGCGUGCCUCAGCGACGUCGACCUCAUCGACCGCCGCGUCCACGCGGACCAGGAGUGGGGGCUGCUGACGACGGAGGCGUCGCUCACGGUCCGCGCGGGCGUGCUCGUCGACGGCUCCUGCAUGGCGCCCCAGUUCAGCGCCUGGUUCGGCAAGAACUCGACGACGAAGAAGUCGAAGCGCCAGUGCGGCGAGCUCGCGCUCCACCUCGGCUCGCGCAUCUCGGGCACGCGCGACGCCGUCCGCCGCGACUACCUGCCCAUGCUCGCGAAAUACGUCACGCGGCCCCUCGUCGACGGCGGCGCCGCGGGCGUCGCGGAGACCAUCGCGCGCCUCGACGAGUACGGCCUCUCCAAGGACGACCUCUUCGAGACGCUCCCGGACCUCCAGCUCGGCGGCGCCAAGGUCCCGGGCCUCGACGCGCUCGACACCAAGGUCAAGACCCACUUCACGAAGACCUACAACGCGGGCACGCACGGCUCCCAGGCGCUCCAGCCCCAGAACCUCGUCGCCAAGAAGAAGAAGCGCAAGGCCGACGACGACGCGCCGGGCGUCGCGCGCGACGACGACGACUACGUCGACGACGACGACGACGAGGAGGACCUCGACGUGUCCAUGUUUAGCAAGAAGAAGAAGAAGAAGGCGCCCGCGAAGAAGGCGCCCGCGAAGAAGGCGCCCGCGGCCCGGAAGCCCGCGGCCAAGAAGUCGAAGAAGGGCUAG